GGCCUGUGGACAGAGGCGGGGCCGCCGAGGUCCAGAACUGGAGGUUGGAUGCACCUCUGGGAGAUCCAGACCCUGCGUCCAGGAGCCCCAGCGUGAACCCAGCCACCAGCAGCUCCUCUGUUCCUCCCCAGACUGGCCAGCAUGCUGCACUUCCUGGUGCCCCGGCUGCUCUGCCUGGGCGGCCGGUCCGCCCGGUACUCCUCUGCAGCGGCCCUCCCGAAACCCAUCCCUAAGCCCGACAUCCGCUACAGCCAGCUCUUCAUUAACAACGAGUGGCGCGAUGCAGUCAGUAAGAAGACCUUCCCCACCGUCAACCCCAGCACGGGCGACGUCAUCGGGCACGUGGCCGAAGGAGACCGGGCUGACGUGGACCUGGCAGUGAAAGCCGCCCGGGAGGCCUUCCGCCUGGGGUCUCCGUGGCGUCGGAUGGACGCCUCCGAGCGGGGCCGGCUGCUGAACCGCCUGGCCGACCUGGUGGAGCGGGAUCGCGUCUACUUGGCCUCACUGGAGACCUUAGACAACGGGAAGCCCUUCCAGGAGUCUUACGUCUUGGACCUGGAUGAGGUCAUCAAGGUGUACCGGUACUUUGCCGGCUGGGCUGACAAGUGGCACGGCAAGACCAUCCCCAUGGAUGGCGAGCACUUCUGCUUCACCCGGCAUGAGCCUGUGGGUGUCUGUGGCCAGAUCAUCCCGUGGAAUUUCCCCUUGGUCAUGCAGGGCUGGAAGCUGGCCCCCGCCCUUGCCACGGGCAACACGGUGGUCAUGAAGGUGGCCGAACAGACACCCCUCUCUGCCCUGUACCUGGCCUCCCUCAUCAAAGAGGCAGGCUUCCCGCCAGGGGUGGUGAACAUCAUCACUGGCUACGGCCCCACGGCAGGAGCAGCCAUCGCCCAGCACAUGGACAUCGACAAAGUCGCCUUCACGGGCUCCACCGAGGUGGGCCACCUGAUCCAGAAGGCGGCCGGCGACUCCAACCUCAAGAGGGUCACCCUGGAGCUGGGUGGGAAGAGCCCCAGCAUUGUGUUGGCCGACGCGGAUAUGGACCACGCCGUGGAGCAGUGCCACGAAGCCCUCUUCUUCAACAUGGGCCAGUGCUGCUGCGCCGGCUCCCGCACCUUCGUGGAAGAGUCCAUCUAUGAUGAGUUUCUGGAGAGGACCGUGGAGAAAGCCAGGCAGAGGAAAGUGGGCAAUCCCUUUGAGCUGGACACCCAACAGGGGCCCCAGGUAGACAAGGAGCAGUUUGAACGAAUCCUGGGCUACAUUCGGCUGGGUCAGAAAGAGGGUGCGAUGCUUCUCUGUGGUGGGGAGCGUUUCGGGGAGCGGGGCUUCUUCAUCAAGCCCACUGUCUUUGGGGGUGUGCAGGAUGACAUGAGGAUUGCCAGAGAGGAGAUCUUUGGGCCCGUGCAGCCCUUGUUCAAGUUCAAGAAAAUAGAGGAGGUUAUUGAGAGGGCCAACAACACCAGGUAUGGCCUGGCUGCUGCCGUGUUUACCCGGGAUCUGGAUAAGGCCUUGUACUUCACACAGGCCCUCCAAGCUGGGACGGUGUGGGUGAACACCUACAACAUCGUCACCUGUCACACACCAUUUGGGGGCUUUAAGGAAUCAGGCAAUGGGAGGGAGUUGGGGGAGGAUGGGCUCAAGGCCUACACAGAGGUAAAGACGGUCACCAUCAAGGUUCCACAGAAGAACUCGUAAGAGUGGCCACCGAGGAGACCCAAGUCUGGGCCUAGGAUUCCACAAUCUUCUAGACCAGUGAUUGUCAACAUUUUUUCUAGACUUGGGUCCCACCCUCACCCCCAAACAAAUAAAGAGAUUCUUAGAAAGAUCUUUAGAGGGGCCAGGCAGUGGUGCACCUGGUUAAGUGCACACAUUAGAGUGCACAAGGACCCAGGUUCAAGCCUGUGGUCCCCACCUGCAGGGGGAAAGCUUCAUGAGUGGUGAAGCAGGGCUGCAGGUCUCUCUCUGUCUCCCUCUCUAUUUUCCCCUCCCCUUCUCAAUUUCUUUCUGACUC